UGCUGUUCCAAAAUACCGAAAUCGAAGCACAUACGGCAGCGAAAGCAAAAUUCAGAAAACGAAUAUACAAGUAAAAGAAGAAAUCUAACGCCAACACCAUUGGGGACAAUUUGUAAAGUGAUGUUCGUUGGUGUUCCACGUAUCCAUGCAUGCAAGUGUGUGUGACAGUGUUGUUUGUGCCGCUCUGUAGAUGCCGUCUAUAAAUAAACAGUACAGGCCAGGUUCGACCACUAAGCUUCAGCGCGCUUUCCUUCCACAGGCCUGCUGAAAGCGACCAACAAACAUUGAAACAAAAUUAGAACUAAAAAAAAUCAGUUAUCUAACUUAACCCCUUCCCUCGUUUGCAUCAAUUUUUGAAGAUCAAUUAUUAAUAAGCUCUACCGGCUGCUUAACAUUUCCUUUUCACAAAAGUCAGGAGCGGAGCGGGAGGAGUAAAGGGACUCUAAAAGUUUCCACCCCGUCUGCAGUGAGUUUCACAAAUCUUGAGAGCACUUUUUCCACCAUCCGCCAGCCCAUUCUUCAAACCGACCUUGUGCGCUUAAAGGUGAGCGGGGGUUUGUGUGUUGGGGACCCUACUCUCCACGCCCGACCGAGGAUGAAAGCUGAUUGAAAUUUAAUUAAUGGCUAUUUAUCGCCCCAUAGCGCAAUAUUUCGUCAAUCAGCGAUCCUACCGUCGUAGCAUGGGCUGCGUUAAGGUGAAAAAAAGGAGAGAAAAAGAAUUGGUAAGGAAAAAACAAGCCUGUGUGCCUUCAUAAGUCAUCCCCAGGUUGCCACGGGGAGCUUCUUGCCGGUGGUGACAAUGCCAGAGGGCAACGCUACGUGUGGGUUCGAGCGCGACUCGAACCAUUCAGCAAAGUGGUAAUGAAUGAACGGUUGUUAUGAUUUUCUGCACUACCCGGCAACUUCCCCAACGAACUACACAGGAGGCUGAUUCCACAAACCAGCGGUGUCGAAUGGCGAGAGGGGGAGAGGCUCGAUUGCGAUUCGGUGAAGACUGCGCAAGCUUUGAACCGUUGCCGAAACCGUUGCGAUUGGGAGGUUGGCUGUUAUUCGAGCACGAAUCGUGACCGACUGCUCGAAUUUGCGUUUGGCGCGCGUGCACAACAUUUUCCACUGACGGUCGGCAGUCCAACUGUAUCCGUGCUGUCGAACGGUGGCGCAAACGGUCUGGUCGGUUCGUUAGAUCCAGCCUUACGCUCCACCAUUCUUCCCCGUACCGGUGCUUUGCGACCGAAUUAGUGCAAGUGACGGCAAGGUCGGCAAAGGUAUAGACCACAAAUAAGAAUAGUGUAAGGUGAAAGAGCAAAAAAAAAAAGUGUGGUUUGGUUUUGCUGUGUUUGCCCUUUUUGCCAGUUUUGGCAUCGUGAACGUUCCCAGGAUGUAGCAGCGAGGCUAAUAAUAUCAGUGCAAACGAGUCGCGGUCGGGGAAGUUUUAAUGGCCAUCAAAGUGUGAUGUGGUGCGUGUGGGAUGUGGUGCAUCGGCAGCCUGCCGUACAGGGCUAAUCCGCAUCCGGUGAACGCUGCCAAUGUAAUGAACGACAUUGUUAGCCAGGUUAAUGUGACCACUCAGUUGUGGUGACGGGCAACGGAACGCCCCAGCACCACUACGUAGUUCGUGACAUCAUAAUCGCACUGUUUGAUGCUUUGGAGGCAUGAAGCAGAGGGUUUUGAUAUAAAGCGGAUAACGGGAAACGGCUAAAUGUUGGCGGAUUAGGAGUGGUGAAUACGCGCCUCUAGUUGCCAGGUUAUAGACCAGAUGUUGCAUAAAAUAAUUACUUUUACUGAAACCAGACGCUAAGCUCGCUAAGGAGAAUGAAUGGCAACAAUGGAAUAAUGCUCAAGUGCGAGUGUGUUUUGCACGUUUGUUUUAAAAUUUGUAUGCAGCCGCAACGAAUUGCACAACGAUUUCGUGUUCAUGUGACUGACGGUCACACGCUGAUUGACCGCGAGUGACUCCGGAUGCAAUCAGCCGGCGAAAAUGCGGAUGUCCUUUGCAGUACGUUGAAAGCCUACCGACCCUCUUCAAGCUACACUAUAAACCAGCAACUAUUCAACUAUCACCGUGCAUUCGAUGGCGGCGAAUAAUUUCCGGAGCAUCAAUUCCAUCGCCGCGUUCCACUCCGUAGUACCCAAAAGGGAGUACACAUAAUGCUUCUCGUCGCGCCACAGGAUACAAUGGCCGUACCACGCAAACGCCGCAUAACAGUUCACAUCACACUACAGUGGCUGACCAGCUGCUGAAAUAUAACAUUCCGGUGCGUUCAUUCGCCAAUAUUGAACCCUUUUCCCAGCGGGGUGACAUUUUCUGUGUCCGUGUGUGCAUGGCAUGGUGUUUCGAUUAUGAACGAUAGUUUUAUGGUGAAGAGUUGUCUUUUUUUGUUCGUGAAACGAAACAUACAGAAAAAAUAUUGCAAUCAUUGGUAUACAGUGUCCCCAGUGGCUUCCAGCAGUAAAGCAAUGAAAUAGAAUGAAAUUCCGACUGAUAAACAAUCAAGUACGUGCUGACGGGUGAAUAUGUGAAGUGAAGUGCUGACCGUGGUUUAAUAAAACGGGCAAUACGGGUACAUCGGUGCAGAUGCCAACGACAACGAAACAGUGAGAUCUAGAGAUCCCAAGCAAACAGUGAUAGAAAUCAAAAUUAUGGUCUCCAUCAACGGUUCCACCAUCACCACCAGUGCGUCGAUCAUCAUCAACUAUACGACGGCCCUUUCCACCACCUACCAGGAGCUGUACGUAAAUCUGCAGCUGAGCGAGUCCGGCCUAGGCACAGUAUUUGAUGACCGGCACCGAACGAAUGGUACGAUCAGUUGCAGCCGGUCCUGCCUGUCCUGGAAGAAGCUCGUCCUGGUAGCGCUCUUCUGUCUGCUGAUAGUGAUCACUGUCGUCGGCAAUACGCUAGUGAUCCUGUCCGUGCUGACAACGCGCCGGCUUCGCACCGUCACCAACUGCUUCGUAAUGAGCCUGGCCGUAGCGGACUGGCUAGUCGGAAUUUUCGUCAUGCCUCCCGCCGUCAUCGUGUUCGUUGUUGAAUCAUGGCAGCUCGGAUGGAUCCUGUGCGACAUUUGGAUAUCGCUCGACGUGCUGCUCUGCACGGCCUCCAUACUGAGCCUUUGUGCAAUCAGCGUUGAUAGAUAUCUGGCUGUUACGCGACCGCUCACCUACUCGAAACGGAGACGCUCGAAGCGGUUAGCACUGUUGAUGAUUUUCGUCGUUUGGCUGGUAGCACUUGCAAUCACCUGUCCUCCCAUCCUGGGCUGGUACGAUCAGGAUCGAAGGACACUACAAAGUUAUGAGUGCCACUACAACCAGAACAAGGGCUACGUGGUGUUCUCCGCCAUGGGUUCAUUCUUCAUCCCAAUGACCGUGAUGUUGUACGUCUACUCGAAGAUAUGUUGUGUGCUUACAUCUCGACAAAACAGGAUGACCAAAACGGAGGCAACGGAGAAGAACUGCGAUAUCGAAGUGGACAACUGCACGUCGGACGCAGACACCAGCCCCCGGCAGAUGGUGAGCGGUGCAUACGGUGGCCGGCACGCUCUAUCCACCAGCCACUAUCCAAACGGCAGCAGCAGCAACAACACGUCGCACCAAACGCUGUACGAGUUUCUUAGCUCGAACCGCACCACGCCGAAUGUGGCAUCGCGCGGAACCCAAAGUACCACGCGCAACGGUAGCAAUGCUAGCGGCAUGUCCAAGUUUUCCGGCGCCACGUUUGAGCUGCGACCGAUCAACACGGUGCAGUUUAGUGCGAGCCAAAUUUCGUUGUCCGAAUCGUGCGCCUCGAACGUGACGACCAACGCGACCAAGGUACGGCUGCACGGGAAACGCAUUCCGAUACGCAUCUCGUCGCUAAAGCGCGAAACAAAGACGGCCCAAACGCUCAGCAUGGUGGUGGGCGGGUUCAUUGCCUGCUGGCUGCCGUUCUUCGUGUACUACUUGUUGAUGCCUUUCAUACCCGACGAUUCCAAGAGUGACGAUCUGAUGGAGUUUCUGACCUGGCUCGGGUGGAUCAACAGUGCGAUCAAUCCGUUCAUCUACGCAUUCUACAACGUUGACUUUCGGGUUGCAUUCUGGCGGCUGACGCUGCGCAAGUUCUUCAAAAACAAGCACAACCUCACUUUUUACAAAUCGUAGACCUGCAGCAGCAUAAAAGACCGGCCUUUUGUAGAGCCGCCCGUACCGCAUCAAAAGACAGUCAGUGUUUCGUUACGUUAUGCAUAGAAUCCAAAAUAAAUAAAUAACUAAUAUCAGUUACA